UGAUAACUGUUUUCACUGCAACUCUCUUGAUUCUCCAUCCCAUUGGCGUACUUGUAUUAACCCCUCUUUACUUCACCAAUUAAUUCUAUCCACUACUACAAAUUAUCUUCACUCAGUUGAACUUGAUAUAUCUAAUAAUGAACUAGAUAAUUUAAUUCAAAAGAUUUACAAACAUGAAGCAUUCUAUAAUAUAGCACCUCAAUCCUAUUCAUUUCAUAUAGAGCCUACUCUUAAAGGUUUGAUUCCCCGAUCUCUAAUUCAAACUAUUCAAGACUAUAAUAUUCCUUAUAAGACAGCAUCAAAUAUUAUAAUCAAUCUACUUCUUAAAAUUAAUGAACAAUUAUAUGAACAAGUAUGGAAACCUUACUGCACAAACUUUGCCAAUUGGAAGAAACAACAACAACUAACCUUUCCAUAUUACAACAACUCUAACUCUACUCAACAAUCUAAUGAUCCAACUUCUGAUACUUUAAGCCUAAACCAACAAUCUAAAAACAUUAACCGUACACAACAACUAUAUACAUACUCUUGUCUAUGUGAAUUACCGGAUCAAUUACACUCACAUACUGGAGUCUGUCCACCG